CGGCCGCACGCACACACACACACAGGGGCGUCCAUGUAGGCGAUUCGAUUGUGCAGACACACAGGCGAUUCGAGCGUCCUGCCGUCGAGUGUCCCCGCCCGCCAACACACUCCACACCAACAUGGGCGCACGAGUCAUAUGCAUCUCACCCCACUCUGAUCGAAUGGAAACUUACUCACGCAGGAACCAUGAAAGCAACACACAACGCACACCACAUACACACACACAGGCACACGAGAUAAGGCACCGACCGACCGGCCGGCCGGCUGGCUGGCUGGCUGACUGCAAAUCACUCACUCUAUCUCCCAGUCACUCACGUCAAUGUAUGUCUGUCUGUCUGUCGCUGUCGGUCGCUGAGUGCAUCCGCCCGCUCCGCCUCAUCUAUCGGCUCACAACUCAGUGUAGCUGUCAGCCCAUGGACGAGCUGAAGCAAUUCCAUGCAGCGAGCGGCCAACCGGACAGACACGAACAAAGGACGCAAUACAGACAGAGCCAAUAAAUCGCCCAGAACACCGCAUUCGCCAACAAGAAACUCGUGUCUGUCUGUCUGUCUGAGUGGCUGAUUGCAUCCGCGCGCCCCGCCCUCACCUGUCGGCUCACAACUCAGUCAGUGUAGGUGUCCACCAAAAGGUGAGCGACUAGGCAAAGAGAACAAAAAGUGACUUCGUUCCACACACAUAUUACUACUCAUCCACACGUGUGGAUGAGCUACUAGUACUACACAACAAGAGGGGGAGAGUAGGGGAGCCGAGCCGAGCCGAGCCGAGCAGGACUCACUCUCUUCUCGUCGCCCUACAUGAAGAUCUGCUCAUACACGGACGACGCGCGUGUCUGGCCGUACUGAGUGACACACAACACCACAGCACCACAGCACCGGCGUCGUUCUCUCUCUUUCUUUGUAUCAGUGUUCGUGUGGUGUGCAGUGUUACCUACCGGGCCUUUCAGGAAGGCGUCAAACAUGAGCAGAGCCACCUCUGGCUGGUCCCUGACACACAAACACAACGCAACACAAGAGGAUCUCACUGUGACACACACGUACAGUGUGUGUGCUGUUUGUACUGUUGGUUGGCCCGUGUGCACGCUUACAUUGGGACCAUGUGUCCGGCCGAGAAGACCCGCAUGAAAGUCAGGUUCUCGACGGUCUUCUGGCUCGCCACCGCCUUGCCAUCCACCACCCAAUCAGUCAUCUACACACACAACACAACACAAGGAUAGGAUAGCGUCUGUCUGUCUGCCAUGGUGAGGGUGGGGGUGUGUGUGGGUGGGGUCAUCUUCCGGUCUCCGUUCUUGGCUGAGCUGACCUCCUUUUGCCUGAAGUCAGCCUGGUGCUCCCACUGUAUCUUGUGGACCCAAUCGAGGCCGCCGAACCAGUUGCAGAUGUAGUCCUGGUCACCAUUGUAGAUCAGCACGGCCUUGCCAGCUGCCAGCAGCCCCGCAACCUUCUUACGAACCCUACACGUGCCACACACACAUACAGACACACAUAAAGGACACGCAGGUCAACGAGCGAAAAGGGUUUAGGGAAGUUUAGAGACAGAGAGGGGGGGAGGGGGGGCGGGGUAUGUGUGUGUGUCUUACGAGAGGAUCCAGUCGCCGAGAAGGGUGGUGUGGACGACAUAGUUGCAGUCGACCCACCUCUUGUCCACACCCAUGGCCUCCUGCACCGAGGGGUCAUUCAGGAAGUUGCCGAUGCCCGUCUCGUUGUAACACAGAGGGGGCACCUGCACGCACAGUCCAGUCCCCCCACACGCACACACCACUUCUGCCACUCACUCUGCAACUGUGUGUGCCUGAGUCACCGACCUCGCACUGCAGCCUGAUGUCGUAUGGGUUGAGUGUGCCGAGCAGCUGUGUGGUGAGCGGCUCGCACAGCACAUUGGCGAUCUCCCAUAUGCCGCUCUCGACGGCACGGUCGCACGCCUGAUACGCUGACACACAUCCAUCCAUCCAUCCACACGUGAGAAGUGUGUAGCCCCGGUACCUUUCUUUGCGUGUUGGUAGGUCCUGUUGCUGAUGAGGUUGUUGGCGUAUGCGAAGUCGGCAUAGGCCGGGAACUGCGUGUACGGGUCCACCCAGCCAUUGCCGAUAGCCACGCCUAACACAUGGCAUGGGGGCCGCCAUAUCCUGUCUGUGUGUGUGCGUGUCCCGCAUCCUCCCAGCCAGCCACCUUUGAAGUUGAGCCCCUGGAUGGGGUUCUGCAGCAAGUAGUGCGCAAUCGACGGGAUAUAAUGCCCGGCGUAGCUCUCGCCGGUGAUGUAGAACGGCCUGGGGGCACGGGCAAAUCAUCAACCGACGGACGUCGCAAACGACAAACGUGUCCGUAGCGAGUGAGUGGGUGAUUGUCUGUCUGUCUGCCUGUCUGCCAUCCUCUGCCCACCUGUCGACUAAGUGCGGGAAGAGAGUGAGGAAUUUGGUCAGAAAGGUGUCCAUGUCUGACCAACAAGCGCGCAGGCAGGCAGGCAGGCAGCCCACGAAGUGGCACAUCGACACAACGAACGAGCGCAUCUGACGUCCCCCACCCAACCGACCCACCGACCCUUUGAUAUUUGUUUCUCGUUCUUGGCGUAGUUGAGCGGGUCAUUUGUCUCGCUGAAACCCGUCCCCAGUGGCUGGUCCACAUACAACAUGUUCGCCACGCUCGACCUGACACGAUGGAUGAAGGAUGGAUGGUAGGAGGUGCAGACAGACAGAGAUCCAGAGAGAUCGUGCGCGUGUUCCUCUCUCCUUCACUCACCAUGAGUGCUCAUUGUAUGCCAGUGUGGCGUUCGGCUGCCCCCUACACACAGACAGACAGACAGACACGCAGAGGGCGAGAGAGACUACGAGUAGGCCCACACACACCACCAAAGCCGACGCUGCGCCAACUAACCAGAAGGGCCCGUUCUCCUGCAGCCAUGCGAUCUCCGAAGAGCAGCCAGGACCUGACAGUGACGCAUACACAUUCACGUGAGGCAAACCUCUCUGCGUGUGGAGGCCUGUGCUUCGUCUGGCCUUUAUUACCUACCUCCGGUGAGCCACAUGACGAAGGGGUCAGAUGCAGGCUCUCCUCUGCUGGGGAAGAACGUGUAGAACAUCUCCCCACCCUCAUAACCCGUGUGGAUGAAUCCUGCACACCACCAGCCAGCAAUGCACCGACGCACGGACACACCACGCAAUGCACCGUCCGAGCUCUUGUGCCCACCACAGUGCUGCUUACCUGUGAACAUUUUCUCUCCCAGGAAGGCCUCGGCUGUCACUUCUUUCUUCUCUGGCAAUGCUUGUGCCGCCAUGGGUGAGCGGAUGGAUGAAGGGCCGCAUGACACGACGGCAAGAGCUGCAACCGACAGGAUCACCGACAGACGUCCAAACAUGGUGCGCUGAUGUGCAGGGGAAGGUGUCACGGCACGUGGGAUCUUCCGAUCUGCAAGCUUAGCUAUGGCCCCCC